AUGCCUCUCGCCAGGAGCGACUCGUUCCACGACAUUGACUUUACUCUCCGACGGCAGUUCAACAAGGAGACAUUCAGGCCGUAUCAGCGUGAAAUCAUUCUUGCCGCACUCGAAGGCAAAGAUGUCUUCGUCCAGGCAGCAACGUCGUUUGGCAAGAGCCUGUGCUUCCAACUGCCUGCUGUGAUAGACCGGGGGAUUACGAUUGUCAUCUCUCCGUUGCUGAGUCUCAUGGCAAGUCUAUCUCCGACUGCCAUCAAUCAAGUCGAAGCACUGCGUGCAGCCAACGUAGACGCGCGCACGCUCAACAGUAACACCCCUUUAGCGGAGCGAGACUAUAUCUACCAAGACCUGGCCACGGGUCACCCGCACACGCGCCUCCUCUAUGUGACCCCCGAGCUCUGCUCCUUCGACCGCUUCCGCGACCGUCUCAAGCUGGUCCACGAGCAAAAGGAGCUCGCCCGAAUCGCCGUAGACGAAGCCCACUGCAUCUCAGAAUGGGGCCACGACUUCCGCAGGGACUUCAAGCGCCUGUCAUGGUUCCGCGACACCUUCCCGGACGUGCCGAUCAUGUGUCUGACGGCCACAGCCAACGACCAGGUCCGUCGGGACAUCCUGUCCACGCUUGGGCUCGACAGGACGCCCGAUAGGCUGCGGAACUUCACCAUGACCGCGCACCGGCCGAAUCUGCACCUCGAGGUCCGCUUCACCAGCGACGAGGCCAACGACCGCUACGACGACUUCGUCACCUGGCUGAAGGGCGUGUACGCGCGGCGUGCGGCGCCCGACCGCAGACCGGAGCUGGAAGCGGCCGGCGAGCGCGUCGAGAACGUGCCGGGAAUCAUCUACACCAUCUCCCGCGACGAGUGCGAGUCGCUGGCCGCCGCGCUCCGCCACGACGAGAUCGGCGCCCGACCGUUCCACGCCAAGCUGCCCAAGGAAGUCAAGGAGGAGACGCUGGCGCGGUGGAUUGCCAACGAGCCCGGCUACGACAUCAUCGUGGCCACCACGGCCUUCGGCAUGGGCAUCGACAAGGAGAACGUGCGCUUUGUCGUACACUGGCGGCUGCCGAAGAGUUUUGAGGGAUACUAUCAAGAGGCUGGCAGAGCGGGGCGCGACGGGAACGCGAGUUAUUGCUUCUUGUACUAUGCUCGCGAGGACAGGGACCGCGUGUGCAACAUGGUGAUGAGGGACGGGCAGGCGGCCAGGGACGGGAGUGUGGAUGGGAAUAAGCAGGCGAGGAUGCAGAGUCUGAACCGGCUGGUCGAGUACUGCGAGGACACGAACACCUGCCGGCACGCCGCGAUUUGCAAGUAUUUUGGCGAGGAGCGGGUGCCUGAGUGUGACUAUGCUUGUGAUUGGCACAAGGACGCUCCGGGGCUAAAAAGGAGGAUGAAGAGGGGGUUGGCGAGUGAAGAGUGGGUGAGCACGCAGAGGGAAGAGGGCAUGUAUGAUGACUAUUAUUACAGCGAUUAG